UUGAUUCACGAAAAACUUACUAUAACAAGACGGUUGGGAGAAGGAAAAUCAGAGGCAUCCAUAAGAAAGGGAAAACAAAGAAAAACUGACUAGAAGAAAAUGAGACGAAUUUGCAAGCAGAGUCAACUUUCUCCUCGCUCUGCUGAUUUCUCUUUCUAAACUUCUCCUCCAAAACCCCUGGGGCUUGGCCGCAGGGUCCAGCGCCAGAGGAACCUUCCUUCUUUCUCCCUCUACCUUCGAUCUUGAAGAAGAAGCAAAAUAAAUAGAGACCCACAAUAGUAAAAUGCCGUCUUCCCCAUGAUUCUUUCUCUACUCCCCUUUCCCGCAUUGCCAUCUCUCUCUCUCUAGAAGCUUUACUUCUUCUUCUUCUUCUUCUUCCUCCCAUUACUCUGCUUUCCUUCCUUCCUUCACUUUACUUACUACCACUGCUACUUCCCUUCACUUGACGGCAUCCUCCUCCUCCCUUUUCUUUCUUUCUUUCUUUCUUUCUUGCUCUCCCCACUGCGAUCCGUCGCUUUCUUGAAGUCGACCCACCUCAGAUCCCCAAAAAAACCUUCUCAAUUUCCCCCUCUUUCCGUGCUCCGAACUGUUUCUCCGUGGGCGUCUUGAAGGGAAAUGAAGGAUGUUGUUCUCGUGGCUUGCAAAGAUAGCUAUGGCGUGUUGGAGACCCGUGGUGAGGAGGUAUGCCCGCAUGAACAAGGAUGACGGUGGUAGUAGUGGAAGUGGCAACGACGGCGGAGCGGACUCGCUUCUCUGGUCCAGGGAUUUGGAGAGGCAUUCUUGUGGGGAGUUUUCUUUCGCGGUGCUUCAAGCGAAUGCGGUAAUUGAGGACCACAGCCAGGUCGAGACUGGCCGGGAUGCCGUCUUCGUCGGCGUCUACGACGGCCAUGGCGGCCCUGAAGCUUCUCGAUUCAUCUCUGAUCAUCUGUUCAAGAACGUGAUGGAAUUUGCAAGAGGAGGAAACAUCUCAGAAGACACUCUCAGAAAUGCCUUCUCUGCAACUGAAAAAGGGUUUCUCACUCUUGUCCGUAGAAGCAUUGGAAUAAAGCCAGAGAUUGCUGCAGUUGGAUCUUGUUGCUUGGCUGGUGUGAUUUGGCAUGGCACUCUAUACGUUGCCAAUGUUGGGGAUUCCAGGGCAGUGGUUGGUUCUCUCCGCAGGUCGAAGAAGAUAGUCGCCGAGCAGUUGACCAGAGAUCAUAAUGCCUGCAUGGAAGAGGUCAGACAAGAACUGAAAUUAAUGCAUCCAGAUGAUUCACAUAUUGUUGUUCUGAAGCAAGGAGUUUGGCGCAUCAAAGGCAUUAUCCAGGUGUCUAGAUCAAUAGGCGAUGCAUACUUGAAGGGGCCCGAGUUUGCUAUGGAGCCGUCAUUCCCACGGUUCCACCUUCCUGAACCGGUUCGAAAGCCCGUGCUGACAUCAGAACCAUCCCUACUGUUGAGAGUUCUGCAGCCGGAAGACAUUUUCCUCAUUUUUGCUUCGGAUGGGCUGUGGGAACACGUCUCAAACCAGGAGGCAGUGGAGAUGGUGUACAAAAAUCCACGAACGGGGAUCGCGAGGAGGCUCGUGGAAGCAGCAUUGAACAAAGUAUGCAAGAAGAGAGGCGUGGCGUACAAGGAGCUCAAGGCGAAGGGAAACGGGGAAAGGAGGAGGUUCCAUGAUGAUAUAACAGUGGUUGUGAUCUUCAUCGACAGUGAUCAUCAUGAUGAAGGGCAGAAUGUGGCCGAGGUUCCUGAGAUUUCGUUUCGCGGAUUCAUCGAUACAGUUGGACCGUCGAGUUUCAGCAGAGUUCCUUCUUCACAAGGGGUUUAGCUAAAGCUAGCACAUACUUUUUUUUUGGGUUUGAUACUGUGAAGAGCAUGGAGUGGAAUAGGAAGAAGAGGCUACUGUUGUUUCAGUUUGGUAGUUUCAGUCUAUAGACUAUACUGAUUACUGACGAUGAGCUUCAUUCAACUAAUUGUAUAAUUAGCUCAUGUCAUGACGACAGCAACCCAAUGCGAGAUAUUUUGCAGCCUGAUAAUGAUGUCACUCUUUGAAUCUUCUCACAUAAUGCCAAGCUCUGUUCUGUUCAUUCUUUGUUUCAG